AUGCUCGACGCCUUCAAGGUGGCGAACGGCGGCAAGUGUGUUGACUCCCUUGACUUCAAGAAGGGUCAAGAUCUCGCCCUCGACGUUCUCUAUCCACCCAAGAAAAAAGACAACAGCCGCAGGCGCAACAUCAUCCUUGCCGCCGUCUUUGGAUCCCUCGGCGGUGUAAUCAUCCUUUACAUCAUUGCACGAGUCUACAGGAACAGGAUUCGCCGCCGAGAGGAGGAGGACCUCUUUCCCUCAACUGCCACCUCUGAAGGGACCCCAGAAAAAACUUCCACUGCUGUCCUCUCAUUGGAGCCGGUUAACUCUAACUCGUUCAUCAACUGGUUGAUGGGCGAAAAGGUCAUCAGCAACUCCAGAGUAACGAUCAUCGAGCCCAUCGCCACGGGCGGCGAGGGCACCGUGUCCCUCGGCAAGAUGAAUGGCAAGCCUGUCGCGGUCAAGGUUCUCAAAUCUCUCAAGGAGGCCGAGCACGAGAUCAACAUCUUCCGAAACAUACCAAGGCAUAAAAACUUGGUCCGCCUUCUCGGUUACACUAACUUGGACAAGCGAUGGAGUCUCGUCAUGGAAUACUGCAACUAUCGAUGCCUGCAUUCCUGUGCCGUGUCCGGCGUCCUUUUUGACAUUCCUGGUGGCUCCACCUCGGGCACGAAAGGAAAGCUGUUGGUGAAAAUCUUGAAGGAAACCCUUGAUGGGUUGUCAGCGAUCCAUGCCUCCAGGACUUACCACAACGACAUCAAGCUUGAAAACAUCAUGCUCUCUUGCUAUAAACAUCCGUUGAUGUGUAACUGCAUCAGAAACGGCCAGUUGGACAACUUGUGCGUCAAGAUAUGCGACCUCGGCAUGAGCAAGACGGCCGCGUUUUCAUCGUACUCCAGCGGCAACCUCGGCGGGACCAUCUGCUACGUUCCAAAGGAGCGCGCGGACGUCGCCGGGCUGGUUCGCAGUCUCAACAAGGGUAAUACCCUACUGAAGCCGCAGAAACAGUGGACGACAAACGACAUCUACAUAAUUUGCGACGUCUACGCUUUUGCAAUCACGGCGUGGGAGCUCGUGAAGUCAAUGCUCGCGGGGCGGGAGAUCAGGGUUGGCGACCACGGGCAGGUUUGCGAAUCCUCACCCCUGGCCAUGUUCAACGGCGCCAGACCGGACGUGUCUGAGUUCGAUCCCGAACUCGCAGCGGCAUUUGCACGAUGGUGGGCCCAUGAUCCGACGGCGCGCACGUCGUCGGUGGAGAUUGCGCGCCAGGAGUUGAAGCACGUCAUUCCCUGCAUUCAUAAACUUGCGGCGCUCGCCGUUGAUCCCUCGACGCCUCGAAGCAACACCCCGGCGUCGAGCGCUCACGUCACCGGUAGAUCUAACGCUGCGUCACACGGAACCGGUUCGACCAGAUCGUCCGAUAUCUCCGUGACCAUCGCCUGAUGAAGAAUGUGGGCAACAAACAAGCAGAACCCUGUCAAGACUAUUUAAACUAUUUCCUGACCCUAAACAAGACACGCUGGCUGGGCGACGACAUCAAGUAGGGGUUGUCCGCAGUAUCAUUAUUAUAUCGAACAAGCAUCAUUUCA